AUGGGACAGCUGUAAGUUGUUUCAAACUGUUUUUAAUAUUGUGUUGUGACAUUGUGUUUUAAUGUUGUAACCCACCCUUGGUGUUAUGUACUGAAGUUCUCACCGAGGGCCAGCAGGGGGAUACUGUAGAUAGUUAUGCAAAUAAGGGAUCGAAAGUGACGUUCAGUGAUUGGAUAGUUUUAGAAAACUGUUACAGUUACGUUGUACUGGAGCUCUAUAUAAGCAGGCUGACUGAACCCUUCAGUUCAGUUCUGUUCUGGCCUGUGAAUAAACAAGAGCUGUUUGAAGAAUCGUUGUGUCGUCUGAUAUGUUCACCCACAACUUAACACUUGGACCUUAAGUUAAAGGACCGGGUAGUACAGUGGUGCCCCGCAAGACGAAUGCCUCGCAAGACGAAAAACUCGCUAGACGAAAGAGUUUUCCGUUUUUUUAGUCGUUCUGCAAGACGAAUUUCCCUAUGGGCUUGCUUCGCAAGACGAAACGUCUUGCGAGUUCUUGUGAGUUUGUUUCCUUUUUCUUAAAGCCGCUAAGCCGUUAAAAGCCGCUAAGCCGUUAAUAGCUGCUAAGCCGCUAAUAGCCGUGCUUCGCAAGACGAAAAAACCGCAAGACGAAGAAACUCGCAGAACGGAUUAAUUUCGUCUUGCGAGGCACCACUGUACAUUAAAUAAUAAAGAACAAUAACAAAACUAUUAUUAUCAUCAUCAUCAUUAUCAUCACCGUAUUGGCCCAAAUGUAAGCCACACCUUUAAAAUUCAAGGGUGGGGAAGAAAAAAGUCAAUACCCAGAUGUAUCAGCCUUAAAAUUGGGUUACAGGCUGAAAAUUGCUGCAGUUGGUAGAAUUGUAACUCCAAGCCAAUUUAAGCCUUUGAUCUCGCAACCCCGGGAAAGUUACCGUACAAUUGCUAAAAUCUCAAAUUACUAUUCAGUUGCUACAAUUCCACAGGCACACCGGUAAAUGACAAAUGGAGAAGAAAAUCCUACAGGUACUAUAGAGGACCUGCAAGUGGGUUAAACACCUGUUCGUAGCAGUGUAAAUGCAAAUAAAAAAAUCAAUACUGCACUGUAAAAUACAGGGAAAGCGAUGAAUGACAUUAGAAUUUAUUGCAUAACAGCCUCAAGCUCGCAAAUCGGCAAUAAAACUUUUUUGUUUUGUUUUUCUGUUUUACCGUAUGUAAUUGUCUGUUUCAGCAGCGUUAUCAUAAAAGUCCAUUUUUGUAAGGUUGCAAAUGUAAGCCACACUUUAACUUUUCACGGUCAGAAUUGGGGGGGGGGGGCAACUUAUAUUCGGGCCAAUACAGUAUUAUUAUUAUUAUCAUCAGUGCUUUACAAAAAUCUUCCUCUGCAAAAGAGGUUUCCAUUUUACUACCUUGCUCUUCAGACACUUGAGAAUUUCUUUAGCAUUUUGAUCAGUGUAGGAUUUUGAUCAGGGCUGGGCAAUAUCUGGCUUUCAACAUUGUCAUAUAUCACCAGCUAAACAUCGCAAUAGGGGACACGGGUGGCGCUGUGGGUUAAACCACAGAGCCUAGGACUUGCCAAUCAGAAGGUUGUUGGCGGUUCGAAUCCCCGCGAUGGGGUGAGCUCCCGUUGUUUGGGCCCUGCUCCUGCCCACCUAGCAGUUCGAAAGCACCUCAAAGUGCAAGUAGAUAAAUAGGUACCGCUCUGGCGGGAAGGUAAACGGUGUUUCCAUGCGCUGCUCUGGUUCGCCAGAAGCGGCUUAGUCAUGUUGGCCACAUGACCCAGAAGCUGUACACCGGCUCCCUUGGCCAGUAAAGCGAGAUGAGCGCCGCAACCCCAGAGUCAGCCGCGACUAGACCUAAUGGUCAGGGGUCCCUUUACCCUUACCCUUUAAACAUCGCAAUAUACUGAUAUAUCACGACAUCUGUAAUAAGGAGGGAGCUAUAUAGAGGCAUUAGCUGGCUGACAAUGUUUUUCCCACAUUGUGAUUUUUGCAUAGCACACACACGAUGCACGAUAUAUUGCCAGGUCAAAAAUUAUGAAACCGAUAUCGCGAUAUGGACUUCAAACCGUUUUUUUACAAUAUGCUGAUAUAUAUCGCCCAGCUCUAGUUUUGACCUUACCUUAUUGUUGCAAGGUAGCCAAGGUUGGAGUGUGUUUUUCUUUCCAUGGGACGUUUAUCCAGUACUCUGCAGCGUCCCUGGCUGACAACACUUCCUGAUCCAGAAAAGUCCCAGGGGAGAAAUUGCCAUAUGAUGUUUUCUUCUGGGCUUUAAUUGACGUACAGGUGCCUGGGGAAGACUGCAGAGAUCAUACUUCUGAUGAGAUGAUAUGUAGAAUGACAGAAAGGGCACUUGCAUACCCACUAAGCCACCUCAAGAGUAAGGUAAAUGCAACAUAAGUUCUGCACUUUGAUCAUGAUUUCUCUGGAAUUUACUCUCCCCAUUGAUGGUUGUUGUUUUUUAAUAUAUUUUUAUUAGUUUUUACAAAUAUUUUCCAACCAGAACAUAACAUCUCUUCUUAUCAUAUACAACAUUUUGGCUAUAUGCCUAAGACUUCCAUCAACCACGUUUAGUGAUUUUCUGCCUUCAUCUCUUAGUCUUGCAAUUCAUUAUCUUAACUAUUACUUUUCAUAGUCCACUCUCUUAGAUUUUUUCUGUAAUAUUUCAUAUAGUUCUCCUUACAAAACUUAUUGUAAUCCUACAAGCGUAGUCAGCCCCAUUGAUGGUUUUCAAAUACAAUUUAUUUUCUUGUUUAAUUGACUGAGAAGCUUAAAAAUAAAAUAAAAAAUCCACAACAGAGUGCUAAACAAUUUCUGUGCCUGAAGCCAAUUGCUUUCUUUGCAAUCCCAAGCCCUCGGACCGCACAAAUUCAAAAGAACUAUCCUGCUUCCUGGGAAUUUCUGUCUGUCUGUCUGUCUCUCUCUCUCUCUCCUCUCUCUCACACACACACACACACAAACAUGAUAAGUGUAAGAAAGAUAUAUUUUAUUUAUUAACAACAACAACAAAACUUCUGUAACUUUUCUUUAUAGCAUAGAUACAGUGCAACGAUCUCAGUGGAUAGUGACUGGAGAAUGUUUUUGUACCAUUAAGAGUGCUGCUACAGAAAUUUCAAACCACAAGUGGUAAGAGAGAAACAAACCAUUAAUGGCAAAUCAAGUUGCGGGACUAUGCCGAAAUGGCGAAAAUUAACUGGGAAGCUCAGGAAUCAAAAAGACAAGAAAUUUAAAAAAGAAUGGGAAAUGUUUAUAAUCAUUGUAAACAGGUCAAAACAUUAGCAGGAUUUUAAAUACACUUGUAAUGUAACAGCAUGUAUAGUUAACGUAGGAAGAUGAAAAAUAGGAGAAGUAUUGUUAUGCAGUUGAAAAUAGUAUCAAAAGGACCCAUGGAAGGGAUGAGGGGAAGUCAGGAGAUUCUUAUAUAUAUAAUCUUUUAAUUUGAUUUUCCAAAAAAAGAGAGAAAAAAAUUAAUAUAUACAGUGGUACCUCAGGUUAAGUACUUAAUUCGUUCCGGAGGUCUGUACUUAACCUGAAACUGUUCUUAACCUGAAGCACCACUUUAGCUAAUGGGGCCUCCUGCUGCUGCCACGCCACCGGAACCCGAUUUCUGUUCUCAUCCUGAAGCAAAGUUCUUAACCCGAGGUAAUAUUUCUGGGUUAGUGGAGUCUGUAACCUGAAGCGUAUGUAACCUGAAGCGUAUAUAACCUAGGUACCACUGUAUUUGGAUUUUGUGCUGUUUUGAUAUUUUUUUUAUAAUACAGUGGUACCUCAGGUUACAUACGCUUCAGGUUACAUACGCUUCAGGUUACAGACUCCGCUAACCCAGAAAUAGUGCUUCAGGUUAAUAACUUUGCUUCAGGAUAAGAACAGAAAUUGUGCUCUGGCGGCGCAGCGGCAGCAGGAGACCCCAUUAGCUAAAGUGGUGCUUCAGGUUAAGAACAGUUUCAGGUUAAGUACAGACCUCCGGAACGAAUUAAGUACUUAACCCAAGGUACCACUGUAUAUAUUAAUUUUUUCUCUCUUUUUUUGGAAAAUCAAAUUAAAAGAUUAUAUACAUAAAAAGAGAGAAAUAAACCAUUACUCUGAAUCUCCUGACUUCCCCUCAUCCCUUCCAUGAGUCCUUUUGAUACUAUUUUCAACUGCAUAACAAUACUUCUCCUAUUUUUCAUCUUCCUACGUUAACUAUACAUUCUGUUACAUUACAAGUGUAUUUAAAAUCCUGCUAAUGUUUUGACCUGUUUACAAUGAUUAUAAACAUUUCCCAUUCUUUUUUAAAUUUCUUGUCUUUUUGAUUCCUGAGCUUCCCAGUUAAUUUUCGCCCGAGGUACCACUGUACCAGACUUUUAGAAGACAUCUGAAGGCAGCCCUGUUUAGGGAAGCUUUUAAUGUUUAACAGACUACUGUAUUUUAAUAUUCUGUUGGAAGCUGCCCAGAGUGGCCGGGGAAACCCAGCCUGAUGGGCAGGGUAUAAAUAAUAUAUUAAUUUUUCUCUCUCUUUUUUGGAAAAUCAAAUAAAAAGAUUAUAUAUAUAAAAAGAGAGAAAUAAACCAUUAGCCCAGCUAAUAGGAAUGUCCUACCAUACCCUCCAACAUUUCUCCAAUUAAAAUAAGGACAUCCUAAGGAAAUGCAGGGCAUUCUGGGAUCAGAUCAGAAACUGGGAUGGCUUCUGUAAAUCCAGGACUAUCCCUGGAAAAAAGGGAGACUUGGAGGGUCUGAGAUUCCACUGCCCAAGGUAGCUGCUUCAGUCUGCUUCAUGGGCGGGCCAGCCCUGACUUGAGGUGUAUAUUUUUAGGAUAUGGUUACCAGACUUUUUCAGUGAAUCUGGGGACACUUUUUUUUUUUUUUGAAGCUGAGUAGCAACAGGGAGUCAGUAGUGGGGAUGGUGAGGCAAAAGGCCCUGGGCCCAAGCACACAUGCAUAUUGUAAAAAGGUGAAAGCCAUGAGGCAGCGGGUCUGGAAAGUAAAGGAGCGGACAUUUACAUCGUAUUUCAUCGGAAGGACAAGAUGGCGCGUCUGCUCGAGUGAAAACUUAGAUUGUUGGAUUUUUGUGAGAGAUAUACGAGAGAGCAUUACAAAGCCCACACAGAGACAAAAUAAGACUGUUCCUUUCAAUCCACUUGUGAGGAAACUCGGAGGUGACUGAAAAGAAAAAUGAGUAAUGACAAAGAUGAGAAGAUGGGACUGGAAACAUCAUUGCAAAUAGGAAAGCAGCACGAAUUUGGAUGUUUGGAUUCCUGACAAUUGAGAAGCAUGGGUACCCCCCACAAAAAAAAUUUAAUCUGGAAUACAUUUGGACUUUAUGAGGUGUAUUGAUAUAAUUUGGACUAAUCGGUGUAGCCUUAUGAGGCUUUGCCCUCGGGUGGGAAAAAUACUGCGCCUGGGAAAGGGAAGUGGGAGUCAACAGACACUCAAGGAAUAGUUCGGAUGAAAAGGCUUUUUAUUUCUACCAUCCAUGAACUGGUAGUAGGAGCAAGUGUGAUAGUUCACAAAAAGCAUGCACGAGUUCACAAUCAUGUGCACAAGCAUAUAUACCCCUUUCCAGUUCCCUCCCCCUUUCUCCUCCCUCAGGAGUUCCUCUGAGCAUGAACAGAAAGCUGUCUUGGGACUAUUGUGGACUCUUGGCACCCUUCCCAGGAAAGGGGGGGGGUGAGAAGCCAAGGGGUUUUCAGCAUGUUCAGAUAUGUUUCAAUCUCUUGUUCUGGCAUGGUUCCCGGACAGAAAGUAAGUUGCAAUGUGGUUCUUUAGCAAGGCCAGAAGGCAUGAGAAAGGCCUGAGAAACAAUGGACUGUUCUCUACCUUUGUUACAGCAGAGCGGAAUGUUUCUGAUGCUUAGCUGCUGAGAAAAUGAUUUUGAAAAGUUUUGAGAAGCUUUGAGCCUGCUUUGGUGGGGGUGACUUCGGGCCUAGGUGAGGUCACCUGUCCUCCUUUAGUGGGGGGUGACUUCAGGCCUAGGUGAGGUCACCUGUCCUCACCUUCCUUCAUUGGUAUGUUAUGUUUAAUCUGGCAAAUGGAAACUUAAUAAAAAUUAUUGGGGGGAAAAAGGUGCAAAGCCCUUCUUUUGCACCCUGUGAGACAUAAAUGCGCAGUUUUCAAAAAACUAGGCAACGGUGCGCCGCGUGCCCAUGACUCCCAAACCUUCCCUGAUCUCCUGCCUCCUUCCCCCUUUGUUUUGACAGAUCAGGGGAGGCUCGGGAGUCACGGGCGGGCAGCCGUUGCCCAGGACUCUUCGUGACCCCAUGGACCAGAGCACGCCAGGCACUUCUGUCUUCCACUGCCUCCCGUAGUUUGGUCAAACUCAUGCUGGUAGCUUCGAGAACACUAUCCAGCCAGCCUGGUAGUGCAGUUGGCUCUGGCUGGCUUUAGGAGAUGCUCGCUGCCGUGGCGCAGGAAAAAUGGCGGGCGCCACGGCAGCGAGCAGCUCCUGAAGCCAGCCAGAGCCAACUGCGCUAACAGGCUGGUUUUGGGCUGCUGAGGCUGCCACUGCCACGUUUCCCAGGGACAGAUUUACAAAUCUGGGGACAUUCCUGGGACGGAAUUUGUCCGGGGACAAAUUUGCAAAUAUGGGGAGUGUCCCCGGGAACCGGGGACGUCUGGUAGCCCUGUUUUAGGACCUACCUGUUUUUUGUGCUCAUAAGUGGCUUUAAAAUGUUUAAACAUUGUGUUUUAAUACAGUGGUACCUCAGGUUACAUACGCUUCAGGAUACAGACUCCGCUAACCCAGAAAUAGUACCUUGGGUUAAGAACUUUGCUUCAGGAUAAGAACAGAAAUCGGGCUCCGGCGGCACGGCAGCAGCAGGAGGCCCCAUUAGCUAAAGUAGUGCUUCAGGUUAAGAACAGUUCAGGUUAAGAACGGACCUCCAGAACAAAUUAAGUACUUAACCUGAGGUAUUACUGUAGUUGUAACCGGCCCCAGGAGCUCAGGGUGAAGGACGGGUAAAUAAUAUUAAUAUUUAUUAUUUCAUUGUCCCUUUGUUUCCUUUAUUGCUUUCAGAGCUCAGUCUCCUUUUUUGUGUUGACAAUAUGUCAAGCGGACAGAAGCUCCCAGGGCCUGGUAGUAAAGACCGUUUGGAAUCAAAAAGAACCCCUUCACUUUCUACAUCCCAGCCAGCGGAUCCCAACUCUUCCAGCUUGCUUCUCACUGAAGAAAACGUUAAGAAACUGCAAGAGAAGAAUUCUGCUUCUAAAUCUGCCCUUGCAAGAGAGUCAAUAGAAGCGUUCAUUACACAGAGCAAUCUCUUUCUGAAUAAGAGCGAAGCUACUACAAGUCGAAGCAAGGAGCAAAGUCUGUCUGAGGAAAAAGAACCAAAGGUAGCUUCUGUUGUUAUCCAUGUAGAGGACGCAUGCGAAGAUGUCUCAGAAAACACUGAACAAUCCUCAAAAAAAGGUACCUGUAUAUUAUUCCCUGGUGAGUAUUUGAGACUUUCUGGUCACAAUGCAUAAAAUACAAAUAAUUGAUUUAAAAUUGAACAACAGCAGCAGCAGCAGCAGCAAAGCGAACAUACAAAAAUGCAAAAAUCACACCUGCAUAAGUUUAGCACUCCACAUCUCACACUCCUCCUUAUGAAAUUUGUCUUGGUGCCUAGCUCUCAACUUACCGUAUUUUUUGCUCUGUAAGACUCACUUUUUCCCUCCUAAAAAGUAAGGGGAAAUGUGUGUGUGUCUUAUGGAGUGAAUGCAGGCUGCGCAGCUAUCUCAGAAGCCAGAACAGCAAGAGGGAUCGCUGCUUUCACUGUGCAGCGAUCCCUCUUGCUGUUCUGGCUUCUGAGAUUCAGAAUAUUUUUUCCUUGUUUUCCUCCUCCAAAAACUAGGUGCGUCUUGUGGUCUGGUGCGUCUUAUAGAGCGAAAAAUACGGUACUUGCAGCCAAGGCAAAUGUUGCAACCAGUGCGGUAAUAAAUACAUUACUGUCAGCCAGCAAAAUAGAGAUUUGCUCAACUACAUGAGAUAUGGGAAGUCUACAAUUUAAUCUAGUAUUUUAUUUUAUUUUAUUUUAUUUUAUUUUAUUUUAUUUUAUUAUUUUAUUUUAUUUUAUUUUAUUAUUUUAUUUUAUUUAUUUUUAGAAAGUCUCAAAAGCAGCUGGGGAACCAGGAGCUGAAUAAGAUCGGGGCAAGGGCACUGGGUUCAUCCACCUGGGAGUUUAAUGUGGAUUUGAAGCUGCUUGUGUCUCUAUUAUUUAUUGCUUUAUUAUUAUUUAUAAUAUCCUGGGUAGAUGUUUUGCUGAGUCAAAUCUGUAGUCAAGAUGACCAGUCCCACUAGCCCAGGGAUGGGAAACAUUUUUGGCCCCAUGGGUCAGAACCUCAUCUGGAUCAGCAAUGCAGGUAAAAUUUGGCACGUGAGCAGGUUCGCCACACCUGAAAAUAACGCGAUGGCGUUACGAUGUCAUGUGAGUGACAGGCGAGUUGUUCCAACCAGCUGCCCAAAUCCCUUGUGUUGGUUCCCAAUUGCCCAACAGCUCAAUGGCUGUUGCUGGUGACCUACAGUACAAAGUGGGUUGCUAGUUCUUUGCUCAGUGCUUUGGGAAUCUCCCUUCAUAGCACUCUCCCCAGGAGAGGAAAGAAGCCUUUAUUCUGAGCUAAUGAAACGGAGACAACUUUUACCUCUGUUUUAUUCCGUUGAUUUUAAAAGAAGUCCCUUUCUCUCUUCCUUCAGAUUCCCAGACGAGAUCUCCAUCAUCUUCAGUUCUUGAGUCUCAAACAUCAAUGAAAGCAGAGUUGCCAACAAUGUUAGUAACAUUCUGCUCUACAUUUCAUUAACACCAAUAAUGGUGCUGUGUCCAGCCAGCCAGCCUAUUACCGUAUUUUUUGCUCUAUAAGACUCACUUUUCCCCUCCGAAAAAGUAAUGGGAAAUGGGUGUGCGUCUUAUGGAGCGAAUCCAGGCUGCGCAGCUAUCCCAGAAGCCAGAACAGCAAGAGGGGUUGCUGCUUUCACUGCGCAGCGAUCCCUCUUGCUGUUCUGGCUUCUGAGAUUCAGAAUUUUUUUCCCUUGUUUUCCUCCUCCAAAAACUAGGUGCGUCUUGUGGUCUGGUGCGUCUUAUAGAGCGAAAAAUACGGUAAAUCAGUAGUUUAAGAUAUGGUUUAGCUCAGAACCGUGCUGACUUGUUUCUAAUACUGAAUCCAAAAAGCCACCAGAACAGGCCCUCUUCCAUCUGAAAAAUGACAUCUGUGCAUCACUCCUAAUUGACAAAUGAUCCCUUGUUGAGGGGAGGGAAGAGGCAAAAACUAGUUCCAAGGAAAACCAUAAAUACACUCUGGCAACGCUAUUGCAGGGCCUGAUAAUGUUCUUUGAUAAUCACCUGUUCAUCUUCCAGUGUAAUUGCAUGUUCCACAUUCUGCACAGGACAAACCGGGCAGUAUCUAUGAAAAGCGACCAAUGAAAACAAGUCUGACAUCAGAAAUAGCAAUAUUCAUAAAUCCGUAGGAUAGCAUUUCAGUCUACCAGGGGACUCUGCAGCUAAUCUUCUGGUAGCUACUUUGGGGCAAAGGAAUUUAAAAGGGAAACUCCAGUGUGAAACAGCAGAAUUACAAUUUGUCAGGGAAUUGAGAAAAAUUCCCUUCUGUCCAAAUAGAAAAAAUGGUCUCCUUCUCUACUGCAGAUGUAACUAAACUCAGCAUUGCCAUGCUGCUUUAUUUUAUUUAUGAAAUUUAUAUACUGCUUGACUGUAAAAAAACAACAACAACCACACCUCAAAGCAGUUUACAAUAUAAAUUUACAACCGUAAACUUUGUGUGUGUGUGUGUGUGUGGAGCACAGAACUUUGGAUUACGUAGCUCAGAAUUCUUUCCCCCUGCCCUCAACACAACACCAACGUAUAUAUGGGGUAUCUUUGUUAAAAUAGGAGGUCUCUUACUGAACCUUUCUUUUCCCAUUGCAGAAGAUGUGGUGUUACAGAUGUGGAAACUCAGACAGAAUGGAGUUACUCAGACAUGAGUUCAGAAGAAAAAAGUAUGAUAAUAAGAAUACUGUGCUGGCCUUAAACAGUUUUGUUUUUCGGAGAGUGUGUUCUAAACAAUGACACAAGCAUAUGUACAUGUUGAAAACCAGCUUUGGGCUGACUUGGCAAAAUUGAUUGCAUUUAAAAUGCUGUGGUUUUAUUUCUCAAAUGCUAUUUCUUUUAUUAGCUAGAUUCCUUUAAACUACUACAAAAUUAAGAGAUCAUGUCUAACCCUUAAUGAGGAGAGGGAAGAUGAAUUUGCACACUUUCAAAGUCUAAAAUUCAGUUUUCACUAAUUUUGUAUUGCUUUGGAAUGCUCUGCUCUUCUGUGUAGGUAUGUAUUUCUUACUUGCCCCAGGUUGCCUCUUUCCCUACAGACCCUCUUGGGUGUUAAGAUCAACAGAAGUUGCCCUCUUGGUUGUUCCACCACCCUCAAAAAGCAUCUUCUAUAGCAGCCUUUAUAGGGACACGGGUGGUGCUGUGGGUUAAACCACAGAGCCUAGGACUUGCUGAUCAGAAGGUCGGUGGUUCGAAUCCCCGUGACGGGGUGAGCUCCCGUUGCUCGGUCCCUGCUCCUGCCAACCUAGCUGUUCGAAAGCACAUCAAAGUUCAAGUAGAUAAAUAGGUACUGCUCCGGUGGGAAGGUAAACGGCAUUUCCUUGUGCUGCUCUGGUUCACCAGAAGCAGCUCAGUCAUGCUGGCCACAUGACCCGGAAGCUGUACGCCGGCUCCCUCGGCCAGUAAAGCGAGAUGAGCGCCGCAACCCCAGACUCGGCCACGACUGGACCUAAUGGUCAGGGGUCCCUUUACCUUUAUAGCAGCCUUUAAGUUGUGUGUCGAGACCCCGCAGCCACCCCCUCGUUGGGAAAUAACUCACACAAGGACACGGAUAUUAGGUUUAUGUUAUUGGGCAAAUUGGGCCACAACUUUAUUGAAUUACAGAAUGUGAGCGGUAUUGGCUUAGGCAUUGAUUGGACCCGACUACUAUAUCUGACUCCUGCCCACUGCGCAGGAAGUCCGGUAAGGGUAAACCACCGGUAGGGGGAGCCCUGUCGAUGCAAACCAACUCGAGCUCCUCCUGGUGUUCCUGUCAGGGUCGUGUCAUGGCCCUAGCCCCGCACCCGGGCUUCAGACAUGAUCAACACCCCCGGAUUCCUUCAACGGAAUACCCUUAAGCAUGGAAGGGCAGGUGAUGGCCACACCUCCCCUCCCCCACACAAGGUCAACAAUGUCUAACCGCAACCCUAACAAAGUUGUGACGAUUGCUAUGAGGUAGGCGAAAACCAAAUGGCCAGUGCCAAUUUGCCAAGUGGGGAAAAUUCCUACCAGGCCCCUUGGACAACCAAGGCGACCAACCGAGGUCCAUAGCAAGGCCAGUGCCUAAAAACUGCAAAAUAGGGAGGGCGGGUGAUUGAGGAAGCGAGCCAAAGAGGAAGCCCUCCGGCUCGCUCCUUGGUUUAAACGGUCCCAGCAUGCCCCCCCGGCAAGCGGAUUGGCUGGCCGGGCUCUGAUGUGACCGGGAUCCCCUGGGCAACGUUGGAGAAAGUCCCCCGCCCAGUGUGGUGUAGUGGUUAAGAGUGGUAGACUCGUAAUCUGGGGAACCGGGUUCACGUCUCCGCUCCUCCACAUGCAGCUGCUGGGUGACCUUGGGCUAGUCACACUUCUCUGAAGUCUCUCAGCUCCACUCACCUCACAGAGUGUUUGUUGUGGGGGAGGAAGGGAAAGGAGAAUGUUAGCCGCUUUGAGACUCCUUCAGGUAGUGAUAAAGCGGGAUAUCAAAUCCAAACUCUUCUUCUUCUUCUUCUUCCUCCCCACUGGGAAGUGGAGCGGAUUUGUGGAAUUCUCUUCCAUGGAGGUUUGCCUGCCACUGCGAUUAUGCUGCUUCCAGCAAACGCCAAAGCUUUGGCUUUUGAUACGUCAUAUGAAUUUUUUUAAGUCCUGGCGGUACGGUUAGUGUAUUCGGCAGCUGCCUUCGUUACAUGUUGAAUACAGUAUUUUAUUGCGUUGAUUAUGUAUUGGGUUUUUAUGUUGCUUGUCUCAGCAUUGCGAUAUAUACCAGUAUUUCUCACACAGGGAGAAGGAAGGUGGAGCAGGCAAGCAGGAUUGUCAAGGAGAGACCUUUGGUUGGAGAAAGUGAGGGUGAGUUUUAGCAACAGCAAGAUGUACUUAACAUUAUUGGGGUUCAAGUGUCCAUGGUAGCUUGGCUAGACCUCCUUAUGAUGCUUUUCUUAACUGAUCCGUAGAAGCAAUUGAAGGGUGAACAAUGAACGGUAAUGCGUUUACCGUAUUUUUUGCUCUAUAGGACGCACCCGACCAUAGGACGCACCUUGUUUUAGAGGGGGAGAACAAGAAAAAAAAUCUCCCCCUCUCUGCUCAGCACCCCUUCAGUGAAGCGGCAGGAGAAACGGAGCCCCUUCCAUUUCUCCUCCCACUUCGCUGAAGGGGCGCUGCACAGCUCUCCCUCUCUGCUGAAACCAGGAGAGUCUCGCUCUCCCGGCCUCAGCAAAAGGAACUUGAAGCCUCCGGAGCGCUGCGAGAACUCGCGCUGCGCUCCGAAGGCUUCAGGCAGCUAUCCCUGAAGCCUGGUGCGCACCGACCCCUCUCGCUCUCCAGGCUUCAGCGAAAGCAACGCGAAGCCUCCGGAGCACGGAGGGAGCGCUCCCUCUGCGUUUCAGAAGCUUCGCGUUGCUAUCGCUGAAGCCAAGGAGCCUGCAUUUGCUCCAUAGUACGCACACACAUUUCCCCUUAAUUUUUGGAGGGGAAAAGGUGCGUCCUAUAGAGCGAAAAAAACGGUAGAUCUUUCAGGGAAACUCUGGAGUGACAUAUUGACCCAAUUGAAUGCAUUCUCCUAGAGCUUGUUCACAUGUUAGCCACCUGAUAACUGGUGUCAGUGUUUUGUGUGCGUGGAUAAACUAUCACAGAUCAACCAAAGAGAAAAUGUUUGCAGAGCUUCAUGUCACCUCAAACACAAUGCUCAUCAGUGGAGUCAGUUUUACACAAUCAUCUACAAGAUAUCAAGUGUUAGUUAAGGUAGAGAUGUCAAUGAGUGUUGACUCUUGCGCCUGCUUGCAAUCAACAUAUCAGUUUGUGGGGGGGUGGGGGAGGCAGGAGGCAAAUCGUUGAUGGGGAUUUUUUUCAUUUAAGAAGCUUGAGGUUCAGUUUCAGAAGGCCACAAAAGUCUUUGUUUGUGUGUUUGUUCCACAGAGCUAAUAGUUCGCAGCAUAUUAGAAAAAAAAGAUGUCGCUGAAGUGGUCAGUGAAGGUACGCCUUGUCACACUGAUAAGGUUUUAAGGCAUCUCAUCAGCCACAGGUUGAACUAUUUGAUACAGAAAUAAGGUUAUAAGGUAUCGUAUUCCAUUCAACUACCACCUUCACACAUGGGUGGCACUGUGGGUUAAAACACAGAGCCUAGGACUUGCCGAUCAGAAGGUCGGCGGUUCGAAUCCCCGUGACGGGGUGAGCUCGGUCCCUGCUCCUGCCAACCUAGCAGUUCAAAAGCAUGUCAGUUCAAGUAGAUAAAUAGAUACCGCUCCGGCGGGAAGGUAAACGGUGUUUCCGUGGGCUGCUCUGGUUCGCCAGAAGCGGCUUAGUCAUGCUGGCCACAUGACCCGGAAGCUGUACGCCGGCUCCCUCGGCCAAUAAAGCGAGAUGGGCGCCGCAACCCCAGAGUCGGUCACGACUGGACCUAAUGGUCAGGGGCCCCUUUACCUUUACCUUACCACCUUCACAGGGAAGGUUCUGAUAGUUCUGAGUUCUGUUCAAAAUGGACAUCAGGUAGGAAGAAUGAGAAAGAAUUCUGCAAACUACUGUGUGCUGGAGUAGACAGCCAUGUUGCUGCUGGGACCUUUCAACAUGGUGGCUUAUUAUGGGCUGGAUGCCAUUUACGCUUUGAAGUUUAGUUUCCAUUUUUGCAGCACCCACAUGGCAUAGUAAUCAUCAAGAUGACAGCUUGUGCUUUUUCUUCUCUUAAUUAACAGGUGGCUUCCGUUGCCGCAAUCCUAUUUCUCUUUGCUCCUCCCAUGGGCAAAUUUGUGAAAAACCAGUAAUAAUACAGAAUAAAUAUUUGGGCCUCGUUAGGGCUCUGAGUUAAACUGUGUGCUAUUGUAAACAAAAAUUGCCCUUUUCCCUUAUGGGGUAUCCAAGAGCCCAUAUAGAGUCCUUACAUAGGUUCCCUAUUGAUAGGAGAAAAUAACAGAGGCCAACCAGAGAAUAUUGAGAAGCAAAGCAGCUAGUAAGCUUGAUCUCUAUUGAUGUGUUGCAACAGGGUGCUCCCCUCACCUGCAGGAAAGGAGGAGGACUCAGAACAAUGGCGUGCAAGGCCUUAUAUGGACUUUUGAAAUUGCCACCCUGUAGAUCAAGACAACCCCCAGGAACAUCGUACAUACAUCACAGAAGGGGUGUAACCUAAGACCACCCUUCAGAUACAUCAUACCUACAUCACAGAAAAGGCGGUCUUAAAACAGAAAUUUGAAUGUUGUUUAUCUCCUGUCUGGCAGGUUACUUGAUUGGAUUGCCUGGGUAGCCUGGCCAGUCUUUUGUAAUGAUAAAUACUUAGUUCCUGGGCCAUGUCACAGGCUCACACCCUAUUCAUAUCUUAAAUGUGCCCUUAAGACAGGAUUUGUGAGGAAAGAGACAAUGGGGAGGUUUCCCACUUUGACCUUGCAGAGAAAACAUUUGCUCAGUUUAGGAAUCAAAAUGGUUCCAGGUCGGUCUUCCUGUGCUGAUCUAAGUACGUGCUUGGUUGGUACGCUUAUGAACAUUUAACAUAUAUCUAAGACCUCAGAAUUCCUAUCACAGUGCACACACAGAAGUCUUCCUGUAAAUUAUGAUGAUUUAUCCCUUCCAGUCUUCCCCAGCUGAUGUUCAAAAGGGUUAAGGCGUUCACUGUCAAACCCAAGACCCUGAACUGUAGGCUGAGACCACACAGUAGCCAAAUAUAGCUCAAGAGAGCUGAGGCAACUGGUUUAUAGCAAGGCAAUAUCCCACAUAUUUGCACAGAGGUAUAGAAGGUGUUCUUGUUUAAGAUUGCUUAUGGUAGCAGCAAAAUGAGAAUUCCGAUACCCAAUAAGAAAGAGCAGGUCAAUUAAGAUUUUAGGAACAUUUGGUGAAAUAUGUAUACCAGCCGUACCUUGGUUUUUGAACAGCUUAGUUCUCGGAACGUUUUGGCAAAACCGGGAAGUGACCGUUCCGGUUUGCGAACUAUUUUUGGAAGCCGAAUGGGGCUUCCGUGAUUUCUGAUUGGCUGCAGGAGCUUCCUUCAGCCAAUCAGAAGCCGCAAUUUGGUUUCCGAAUGUUGUGGAAGUUGAACGGACUUCCGGAAUGGAUUCCAUUCGACUUCCAAGGUAUGACUGUACUUCACCACCACUCUUUGACACCUACAAAGAGAAUAUGUUGGUCUUCUAUAUAUCUGAAAAGGGCUCCUCUAUGUCCCAUGCCUAUCAUUCAACUUGGUUUGCACCAAGCACCUUGCAUUUUGAACAAAGAAGCAAACCUAACAAAAGCUUUUUGCCAAGGAUUAACUUUCCAUCUUUGUAUAUUUACCCCCUUCUAAAAUAUUUCUGAUGCGUUUGCUUGGAAACUUCAAAGAGAGUUCUGAAGAUCACGAGUCAGAUAUUGAGGUGAGAUCACGUACAGCUGGGACCAAAAGUAUUGUAGUUCAUCUCUUUGUAGGGGUUUGUUUCGUACAAUUGACAUCUUUGGUCACAUAUAACGAUCUACCUGUGGGGAAUGUAUAGUGCUAUUUUUCUAGAAAAAAAGAGGUGCCUGAACUCACCAUGAACACCUCCCUCAUUCUCUUAGAAUGGCAAUGGCGCCCACCUGAGAGGUGCUGGAACUGAGUUUCUGUGAGUUCUCCCUGGAAAAAAAAAAGCCCUGGAAAUGUAGAUUUUGACUACUGGAGACAAUAUUUUAGAGAGAGGAUGGCAAGAACCAAGGAUUACACAAACACUCUUUAGGCACAAUAGUUCGCACCUAACUGACACAGCCACUCUCCUGCAGAUAUGAAUUCCCACCCAUCCACAGCAGUUUUCUGCUCAUUUUAAAACUGUUUCCCCACAGUUCUAAAUAUUUGUUUAAAUGAAAGCAAAUGUUUUCAGGGAGCCAAAGUCAAUCCCAUUGUAUUGGAUGAGUGGUUCAUUUGUCCUGGUCUGGAAUCACAGAAGGGGCCUCCUCAUGGAAAAGUGAUUUGACUCUGAGCCUAAACCACAUUCAUAUACAUCAGGCAUAGCCAAAGACCGCCUUGGGUCGGUAUAAUCCUGCCCCUUUGGCAGUUUAUUUCCUGGGGUAAAACUUCAACCCUAAACAAUUUUGGGCUAAAAUUGUAAAAAAAAGGUCAAGCUCAACAACUUGGGGGGGGCGGUUCAUUUCCUGGUAAAAUCCUGAAAAAAGAGCUCAGCAACUUCAAUCCUAAAAAAAGCUCAACAUCCCCUCACACACAUUCACUUCAUCAAAUCUGGCCCUCUUUGAAAAAAGUUUGGGCACCCCUGAUAUACAUGUUUUCCUGUGUAUAGCUAGGUUUGGUUUUUUUUAAAUUUUUUUUAAAAAUUAUUAAUAAAUUUUAUUAGUAUUUUCCACACAACAACAACACGAAAGAUAUCAAAAAAUAACAAUACACAACACACAAAAAUCAACAUUCGAAAACUAAAGAAAGCAACAACAACAACAAAAAUCCAUAUCUCACAAGUUAAUAUUAUAAACACUAAAACAACAACAAGACAUUGACUUCCACCAAUCCCACAGCACCUCCUUUAUCUCUCAUUGUGUCUUCCUGUUUUCCUGUUUUCUUUAUCAUCUCUAUCCUAACAUCUAGAUAUAAAUCCUUCUUUCAUAUCCUUUCACUUCACAAGGUUAUUCCAGACUCAGCCAGAUUUCUGCCCUCGAACCUUGACUUUUGAGGUAUUACCGUAUUUUUCGCUCUAUAACACGCACCAGACCAUAACACGCACGUAGUUUUUAGAGGAGGAAAACAAGAAAAAAAUAUUCUAAACGAAAUAGUGGAUAUAUGAUUUUUGUGGUUCAUGCUGUGGCCACAGACAUGUGAUCUGACAGUGAGUUGGGAGUAGCCCAAUGCAAAAAUCCUGAGGAUCCAUGUGGAUCCAUGCUUUGUAACCACGGAGGAGGGAAGGAGGGGGAACCGUGGAUCCUCUGCUCACGACUGCAGCAGAUCCCCCCCGCCACCCGCAGGCAUUUGCUCCAUAACACGCACAGACAUUUCCCCUUACUUUCUAGGAGGAAAAAAGUGAGUGUUAUGGUGCAAAAAAUACGGUAAUUUAGGCACUCCCAUUCUUUUUUUACUUCACUUUUUGGUUUUUGUCUUAUGUCUGUCAAUUUGGCUAAUUCUAAGCAUUCUGAGAGCUUACAUAGCCACUCUCCCCUAGUGGGCAACUGAUUCCCUUUCCAGUAUUGGAAAGUGUAUAGCUAGUUUAGUUUGAGAAGCCAUUUGCUUACCCCUCCACCUCUUUUUCAGGAUCAUUCUGAAACCGAUCUUUGCCUUCUCGGUUGCUGUGAGUUUUGCGCCACGGCACUGAACCCUUUACCAACAGCAGAAUACCUGGAUGAGAGGCCAGAGAAAAUGGAAUGUGUGAGUAUUGUUCUCAUUUUCAAAACAAACAACAACAACUUCACUUCUGAAAGUGGAAUACUUCCCAGAAAAAAGUAUGUGCCCUGGUGGUUUCCUUUGGAGCAGGAGGAGAAGCAGGUAUCAGUGGGAAGAGACCCAGUCAGCCUCCUCCCCUCCCUUCUAACCCCAGUGGGGCUGAGAUCAACCCCCAUUGGGGUGGCCGUACCCAGCUGCCCUUUGUUUGCAGUUUCUCUGCCCUUUCUUUAGAAGCGAGCCCAGAGAUCUCUGUUCUGUGAGCAUCAGGGAUGCAGGACAUAUUGUCUGAUAAUAGCCUUUCCAACUUGUGUUAACAAGUUCACAAUUUAGCAGAGUAACAUUCCCCCUUUUAAACUUGCAGCGGAUAAGUUUGCUCAGGCUCUCUAAAGCCUCUAUAAUAACUGUUCUGGUAUGUGAGUGCGUCUUAUGGAGCGAAUGCAGGGGGAGACAGGCAGGAAAAGCCCCCAAGAGGCACACAAGCUCCGCAUGGCUCUUGCGGGCUUUUCUACGAGGAGGGAGAAGGGACUGACGCGGCCAGUCAGUCCCUUCUCCCUCCUCCUAGAAAAGCCCGCAGGAGCUGUGCGCUCCUUAAAGGGUGUGCAGCUCCUGCGGGCUUUUCUACGAGGUGGGGGAAUUCCCCCACCUCCAGCAAAAGCACUGCUCUUUGGGGCUGGGGGGGAUAAUUUUUUUCUUCUUGAUUUCCCCCUCUAAAAAUUAGGUGCGCCUUAUGGUCAGGUGCACCUUAUGGAGCGAAAAAUACGGUAACUGAACAACCAGAGCAGGCCAUUUUGGCACCUGAGGCAAACCACAAAAUGGUGUCCUCUCUCCCUAACACGGAAGAAGGGGGAGUGAAGCUCUACAUCAGGAACAAGGAGGGGAAUAAAGAUCUGAACUGAGAUCUGCUGUCCCUGCAGAUCCUGCCCCCUGAGGCAGCCACCUGGCCUUGCUUCAUGGGUGGGCCGGCCCCGACAACAGCAAUGUUCUUCUGCCUAGUCUUUAAUGAGCAUUUGUUCUCAUUUGUUUCCAGGGAGGUUCUUCAACAAUGAGCACUCCUCCUGAUUUAAUUGUGUGGUGCCUGUAUAUUUCCCUGUUAAUCAUUUGUUGAUCCAACACUUUUCAGUGCAUCUCCCCAUCACUUUUCUACCCACAAAAAAGGCCAUUAAAGAACUUGUUCUGCUAAGGUGGCAGGGCACUUUAAUCAUGCGAAUCUGAACUUUUGGUAUGUGCUUGAAUUUGUUCCUGCAAAAUACGGGCAGCCCAGAGGUGACGCAAGAGAGCUAAACAAAGCUAGUAAAGGUAAAGGGAUGCCUGACCAUUAGGUCCAGUCGUGGCUGACUCUGGGGUUGCGGCGCUCAUCUCGCUUUUAUUGGCCAAGGGAGCCGACGUACAGCUUCCGGGUCAUUUGGCCAGCAUGACUUAGCCACUUCUGGCCAACCAGAGCAGCACACGGAAAUGCCAUUUACCUUCCCACUGGAGCGGUACCUAUUUAUCUACUUGCACUUUGACAUGCUUUCGAACUGCUAGGUUGGCAGGAGCUGGGACCAAGCAAUGGGAGCUCGCCCCAUUGCGGGAUUUGAACCGCCAACCUUCUGAUCAGCAAGUCCUAGGUUCUGUGGUUUAACCCACAGCGCCACCUGCGUCCCUCCAAACAAAGCUAAGAACUAGCAAAUUUGGGAUCUAGGAUAAAAUAGCCCGUAAAUGAGAAAAACUUGAUAGCAGCUUCCAUUAAAGUGAUUUUCAGAUUACUGGGUUUUGUAUAGCUUAUGUGUUGCAGGACAUACAAGGACAUUUUCCAGUGUGUAGUUCAGGAGCUCAUAGAAAACAGCCCCGAAGGAAGUACAAUCGACAUCACUCCUCACCGACACCAAUCGGAAGGCUCUUGGCUAGAGAACAAGACUAAAAAGACACUGAUAAAAGAGUGAGUGAUUUUGGAGAUGACUUCUUCAGUUCUCAAACUACCCAGAGACUUCCCGCUUUGUUUUCUGAUUGCUAAAUAUGACAGGACUGUGGAAACGGUCUUCAGAGGAGUUUGAUCUGGCAGUCUACCAUUCGGGUUGCCGUAUUCCCAGUAGUGAAAAUCCAAACAAAGUUGUUGAGCUGUUGAACCUCUUCUCCACCCCCCAAAAAAUGUUUUAGGCCUUUCCUUUGUUUGUUUCUUUUUUUAAAUAGCCCUACUAGUCAUACGUCCGGGUUUUCCUGGACAUUUUGCUGAUUCAGCAAAAAUGCACCCGGACGCCAUUUUGCUGAGCGAUUUCUGGACUUGUCUGUGAAAACCCGGACGUAUGGCAGCCCCUAUCUACAAUGGAAUAAGACUCACAACCGGAAAGCAACUUUCCAAUGUAGAAUUUAUAGCCACUAAAAAAAAGAAAAGAAUCCAGGACUUUUAUUCACUCCCAAGAAGAAUCCAUCUUAAGUUGUCAUUUUGAGCACUUCCAGCGUACGGAAUAAAUGCUUCAGCCUUGACAGACAAAAAUAAGGGGCUCAUAGUGUCUCCUGACAUCUGUUCCCUUCCCAACAUGUUUGCUAUGGAGAAAAAUCCAAAGUAGAUAGAUGCUAGUAAUAUAUAGAUUUCUCCUCAUAUUUUUUUUAUUGUGCUACCCCUCCAUCUUGGCUUUUUCAGCACAUGGAGCUGCUUUCUAAAUGUCAUAUAACCAUAGAGUUGUAGAGUUAGAAGGGACCCCAAGGGUCAUCUAGUCCAGGCAUGGCCAAACAUGGUCCUCCAGAUGUUUUGGGACUACAAUUCCCAUCAUCCCUGACCACUGGUCCUGCUAGCUAGGGAUGAUGGGAGUUGUAAUCCCAAAACAGCUGGAGGGCCAAGUUUGGCCAUGCCUGAUCUAGUCCAACCCCCUAUAAUAAAGGAAUCUCAGCUAAAGCAUCCAUGACAGAUGGCCAUCCAACCUCUGCUUAAAAACCUCCAAGGAAAGAGAGUCCACAGGGUCCCAAGGGAGACCGUUCCACUGUCAAACAGCUCUUACAGUCAGGAAGGUUUUCCUGAUGUUUAGUCGGAAUCUCCUUUCUUGUAACUUGAAGCCAUUUGUUCGAUUCCUAUCCUCCAGAGCUUGUUUCCCUUUCCAUGUGACAGCCCUUAAGAUAUCUGAAGAUGGCUAUCAUAUCUCCUCUCAGUCUCCUCUUUUCCACUUCCUUCAAGUGCUUCUCCUAAGGUAGGGGUCCCCAAACUAAGGCUCGUGGGCCGGAUAAGGCCCAAGGGACUCGUUUAUCCGGCCCAUGGCAAGCCCUGCUGCCCACUGCCGCUGCCCGCUCUUGUGUGGCACAUCCGGGUUGCAGAAGCACUGGAAAUAGCUUGUGCGCAUGCACAAGUGUUAUUUGCGCAUGCGCAAGCGUUAUUUCCAGUGCACAUCCGGGUUGGAGGAGGCCCGUGCACAUGCGCACAACCUAUUUCCGCUGCUCCUCCGACCCAGAAGUGCGCCGGAAAUAGUGUGUGGGCACGCACUCCCCUGCCCUCCGGUCCGGUGCACGAUCGGCACUGGAGACACCGGCCUGAGGCGCGGUAAGUUUGCUGACCCCAUCCUAAGGCUUGGUUUCUAUACCCUUGAUCUCCUUGGUUGCUGUCCUCUGCACACGUUCCAGCUCGUCAACAUCCUUCCUAAAUUGCGGUGCCCAGAAUUGGACACAGUACUCCACGUGUGGUCUGAACAAGGCAGAACAGAGUGGUAUGAUCACUUUCCUUGAGCUAGACACUAUACCUCUGUUGAUGUCACUGUGUGCAUUGACAGCUGUGGGUCCUGAAGGCUGACAGCCUGAAAAUGAUCAACAUGCAGCAGCAACUGUCCACAAGCAAUGCAGUUUGCUUGCCCAGCCACCCCUCAAGUACGCUGCAUGGAGGAAGAGAAUGAUAAUGAUGAUAAUAAUAAUUUAUACCCUGCCCAUCAGGCUGGGUUUCCCCGGCCACUCUGGGCAGCUUCCAACAGAAUAUUAAAAUACAAUAGUCUGUUAAACAUUAAAAGCUUCCCUAAACAAGGCUGCCUUCAGAUGUCUUCUAAAAGUCUGGUACAGUGGUACCUCGGGUUAAGUACUUAAUUCGUUCCGGAGGUCCGUUCUUAACCUGAAACUGUUCUUAACCUGAAGCACCACUUUAGCUAAUGGGGCCUCCCGCUGCCGCCGUGCUGCCAGAGCACAAUUUCUGUUCUCAUCCUGAAGCAAAGUUCUUAACCUGAAGCACUAUUUCUGGGUUAGCGGAGUCUGUAACCUGAAGCGUAUGUAACCUGAAGUGUAUGUAACCUGAGGUACCACUGUAUUUCCUUGACAUCUGGUGGGAGGGCGUUCCACAGGGCGGGUGCCGCUACCGAGAAGGCCCUCUGCCUGGUUCCCUGUAACUUGGCUUCUCGCAAUGAGGGAACCACCAGAAGGCCCUCGGCGCUGGAUCUCAGUGUCCGGGCAGAACGAUGGGGGUGGAGACGCUCCCUCAGGUAUACUGGGCUGAGGCCAUUUAGGGCUUUAAAGGUCAGCACCAAUAAAACCCCAGUAUCAAGCUCUCCUGCUCCAGUGCCUGAGUUUAGGGAUCUGCACUUUCCUUCUAGUUGAGAAAAGCAAAAGCAGAUCAGGUUCCAGCUCGUGAACUCAAGUCUGCUUUGUUUUUUCCCCACACGUUAAUUUUAUUUCAAUCCGUACCUUCCCCCGGCUGUUUUCCCUGCCUAUCCACUGCACAAUGUUCACGUGGACGUAGCGUGUAAAACCUUGGCUCUGUGCCUGGAAUUCUUUGCAAUCUUAAGGGUUUUUACUUUCAGCAUCUCUCUCUCCUAGGAUUGAAGACAAAGGGGGCAUUGAUCAGUACAGGGACGUCUUUGAGCAAUAUAUAAAGUUUGGGCCGUGUGAGUACAAGCCUCUCGUUGGUUGCAGAAUCCGGGGAGUCUAGUCUCCCCACCCCUGCCCUUCUGUCAUUCCCUCCAGCUCCUGAGAGCCAGUGUGGUGUAGUGGUUAAGAGCGGUAGUCUCGUAAUCUGGGGAACCGGGUUUGCGUCUCCGCUCCUCCACAUAUAGCUGCUGGGUGACCUUGGGCUAGUCACACUUCUUUGAAGUCUCUCAGCCCCACUCACCUCACAGUGUGUUUGUUGUGGGGGAGGAAGGGAAAGGAUAAUGUUAGCCGCUUUGAGACUCCUUAAAGGGAGUGAAAGGCGGGAUACCAAAUCCAAACUCUUCUUCUUCUUCUCUUCUACCAAAGAGUUUCUCCCAAAAUCCGUGAAACAAGUCCUGCUACAUUCUCCCUACUGAAAUUAACUCCCAAACUGAAACCUUAAAGAAGUGGAACAAAGCAGACCCACCAGGGAAGGUGUAAGUGGGAACAGUGUGGGCUGCAGGUAGGUAGAUACAGUGAGGGGGGCAAGUAUUUGAUCCCCUGCUAAAUUUGCCCGUUUGCCCUCUGACGAAGAAAUGACCAGCCCAUAAUUUUAAUGGUAGGUUUAGUGUAGCUGUGAGAGACAGAAUAACAGGAAAACCCCCAGAAACCCAGAAGACAAAAGUCAGAGAUUGAUGUGCAUUAUAAUGAGUGAAAUAAGUAUUUGACCCCCUGUCAACCAGCCAGAUGUCAGGCUACCUGGUAUCUUCGCUGUAUGUAAGGAGCUGAGAUUAGAGGCACCUGCUGUAAGGGAGAGGUCUUACCCGUAAUCCCAGCUCAUUACAGUACCUGUACAAAAGACACCUGUCGACAGAAGUAAUCAAUCCAGCAGAUUCCAAAGUGGCCACCAUGACCAAGACCAAAGAGCUGUCCAAGGAUGUCAGGGAUAAGAUUGUAGACCUGCACAAGGCUGGACUGGGCUACAAGAGGUAGAUGGUUUUCCUGUUGUUAUUCUGCCUCUCACAGCUACAAUAAACCUACCAUUAAAAUUAUGGACUGAUCAUUUCUUCGUCAGAGGGCAAACGGGCAAAUUUAGCAGGGGAUCAAAUACUUUCCCCCCUCACUGUAGAUAGAUAGAUAGAUAGAUAGAUAGAUAGAUAGAUAGAUGAUAGACAGACAGAUACAUACAUACAUACAUACAUACAUACGUACAUACAGUAAGCGUUAUAUACUGAAAUUCCAAAUUGUUUGAAUACUCUCCUCCUAAAACUGUUUCAGGUAUGAAACUCAGAUUCAGAUUAUCAGAUUAUCCACCCAAACCCAAAAAAGUCCAUAAGAAAGCUCCGGAGCCCAAGGAAAUACUGACUUUAGAUUUGGAGUUCAAAGCUGAACAGUUAAAGGUAUGUGGUUAUCCUAAUUUAUUGGGUCUCUCUAGUGUACACCUCUUCCAAGUCCCUUUGUGAUGCUCAAUUAGCUCUGGGGCUCGUUUACUAGAGUAAGAACUUACUCAGCAAGUGGGCUGGGAUUUGCUGUCCCUUGCCUUGCAUUCAGUAGCCAUCCCUUGUAUAAGCUCGGAAUAAAAUAGAUAUACCCACAAGGUGGGGUGGGGUGGCCAUAGGAAAGCACUGAGAUGGGUUGGUAUCCUGCCAAAGAUUACGUACAUAAAUGUCGGUCGUUUCAAGUGGCUGUAAAGAUGCAUUGGGAGAACGUUGGGUUUCCCCCAAAUUGCUUGAAAAUGUGGCUGUUUGCUGUGUCUGUCCGCCAGUUUUCCAAAUGGCAGCCAGAAUGCACUUCGAUGGGGUGAAUCCUACAGAUAGCUGCCCCCUGCCCCCUCCGUUUCCAAUGUCGUGUGCAUGAAUGAGUUUGCAAGACGAUUGUGUGGGGCUGUACCUACUGUUCCCCAGACCAUGAGAAAUCACAAUCUUGCCUCCUUGCCCCUGUCCCUAUGUCUCAUGUUGUUGUUGUUUAGUCGUUUAAUCGUGUCCGACUCUUCGUGAUCCCAUGGACCAGAGCAUGCCAGGCACUUCUGUCUUCCACUGCCUCCCGCAGUUUGGUCAAACUCAUGCUGGUAGCUUCAAGAACACUGUCCAACCAUCUCGUCCUCUGUCGUCCCCUUCUCCUUGUGCCCUCCAUCUUUCCCAACAUCAGGGUCUUUUCCAGGGCGUCUUCUCUUCUCAUGAGGUGGCCAGAGUCUUGGAGCCUCAGCUUCAGGAUCUGUCCUUCCAGUGAGCACUCAAGGCUGAUUUCCUUCAGAAUGGAUAGGUUUGAUCUUUUUGCAGUCCAUGGGACUCUCAGCCCUUAGUAUAACUUAUCUCAAGAAAACUCCUUGAGGGAAAGCCCUUCUGGAUCCCUGCCACCCUUUCCAAUCCCUUUUCCUUUUGUGUUGUAGCUUUUCAGACUGUAAACCUGAGAGCAGGGUCUGCUUUAUUCCAAAUCUUUGUAAAAGGUAAAGGACCCCUGGAUGGUUAAGUCCAGUCAAAGGUGACUAUGCGGUUGUGGUGCUCAUCCCCCCUUCAGGUUGAGGAAGCCGGCGUUUGUCCACAGACAGCUUUCCGGGUCAUUUGGCCAGCAUGACUAAACCGCUUCUGGUGCAACAGAACACCGUGACGGAAACUAGAGCGCAUGGAAACACCGUUUACCUUCCUGCCACAGUGGAACCUAUUUAUCUACUUGUGCUGGUGUGCUUUUGAACUGCUAGGUUGGCAGGAGCUGGGACAGAACAACAGGAGGUUACUCCGUCGCGGGGAUUCGAACCGCUGACCUUCCGAUCGGCAAGCCCAAGAGGCUCAGUGGUUUAGACCACAGCGCCACCUGUGUCCCUAGGGAGACUCAAGACUCAGCAGGCAGUGGGCUGAGGCUCCAGCUGCCUCCUCAUUCCUCACAGCAGCCAAUCAUGCUGCCUUGCAGAUCACACACAUCCUUGUGUUAUCAUAGUGCAGACACAUAAUGUCUGCCUAAGCGUGGUGGUCACAUUCUUUACAACAGGCAUGGGCAUCCUAGGAGGUCUUGAAUGUCACUGGGGGAAGUGGUUGGGGGUUUCCUACCAGCAAUAGCCAAGGUAGGCAGGCAAAGGAGAUACCUUUUUUCUUUCUUUCCCUGCCCUCUUGUGCUGGUCCCGAGGGUUAACCAUGCGGCGAGGUCCGAGUCCAGUCCGAGGGCGUGGUAUGGAGGCUGUCCGUCAAGGCUGAAGCGGGCUCCAAGGCAAGGAGUCGGGUGAGGUCAGGAACUCUGGCAGGAGAGCAGGACAGGGUGCAGGCAGGAACUGGCUACCACCAAUGUUGCUCCCGCAACCUGGGACUGAGGAUGGCUGGCUUUUAUCUGCCCCGAGGCAUAGGGCGGCCCCGGUCCACAGGUGACUCGCCUCUCCUGGCCUGGAGGUGAGCACUCCUCCUGCAGGAACUUAGUUCCCUCCGCCUCUCUGCCCUGAGCCUCUGCAGCUCAGGAGAGGCUGGAGGGUUACCGGACCCAGAGGCAACCUCAGCUUCCCCUGACGGGGCUGAGAGUGGAGCACCUGCAGGCAAUGGGUCCUCCAUCACCUCAGGAGCCAGAGCAGACUCAGCUGGUGCCUGCACCUGAGGAUCCAGCACAGGUGAGGACCCUUCAGGCUCAAGCCCCAGCCCCGGCUCAGCUGGUUCUGGAGGCGGGGACUCCUGUGCAGGCUGGGAUUCCUCAGGUUCAGCCUCCGAGUCCGAAUCCCAGGCCAUCACACCUCUCUCCCCUUCAUUCAUCCCCACAUCCAUAUCUCCCUCCCUUCAUCCAUCCAUUCACAACACACACCCAGCAGCAGCACCCCGUCUUCUGAGCACCCUAAUCCAGCCAGCUACUCUUUUCUUCUCUACAACUGCCUACCUUUGGCUCUUCUCGUUAGAUAACACAAGCAGGCAACUUACACACUUGUUUGUUCAGCGUUGAACUUCAACUUGUCUAUGCUCUGGUGGCCUCCGGGCUAGAUUGUCCACAGGGCUGCCCUUGAAGACUGUUCAGGAACUACAGCUGAUGCAGAGAGCAUACAAAAGAAUUUCCAGAAUUAUUUUCACUGGCUACCAAUGAGUUUCCAGAAUUGAUAAAUAACCAUGCUCUUAUCUUCUCCCUUUUCUCCCGCUUUCCCCUUAGAUUUGCCAUUCUACCAAGCCUGUGAAAAGAUAUUAUUCUGAUGGGAAGAUAUUCUAUCUAUUUUUCCCAGAUGGAACUGGCCAAGUUUAA